UUCGUGGCUCAGCUUUUGGGCUUCCUGAUCAGCGUGGUGAGCUCCAUCUUCUGCGGCCACCUGGGAAAAGCCGAAUUGGACUCCGUGACCCUCGCUGUCUCCGUCAUUAAUGUGAUUGGGAUCUCGAUUGGCACCGGGCUGGCAUCGGUGUGCGACACCCUCAUGUCCCAGACCUACGGGAGCCGGAACGUCAAGCGGGUGGGGACCAUCCUCCAGCGGGGCAUCCUCAUCCUGCUCCUCUUCUGCUUCCCUUGCUGGGCUGUCUUCAUCAACACCGAGCGGAUCCUGCUGCUCUUCGGGCAAGACCCCGAAGUCUCCAGGCUAACUCAGGUUUACGUCAUGGUAUUUAUCCCUGCUCUUCCGGCAGCAUUCAUCUACCAGUUGCAGACUAGAUAUUUGCAAAGCCAGGCGAUCCUCCUGCCCCAGGUGGUGACGGGAGUGGCAGCCAACGUCUUGAACGUGAUCAUGAACGUGAUCUUCCUUUACACCUUCAAGCUGGGCGUACUCGGGUCAGCUUGGGCCAACACGCUUUCCCAGAACACCCAAGCGCUGCUCCUCUUCUUCUACGUGUGGUGGAAAAAGAUCCACAAGGAGACCUGGGGAGGCUGGACGCUGGACUGCUUGCAGGAAUGGGGCGCCUUCAUGCGUUUGGCCAUCCCCAGCAUGCUGAUGAUGUGCAUCGAGUGGUGGACCUUUGAAAUCGGGAGCUUCCUGUCAGGAAUGAUUAGCGUGGUGGAAUUGGGAGCCCAGUCAAUCAUCUACGAGCUGGCCACCGUCGCCUACCUGCUGCCUCAAGGCAUGAGCGUGGCGGCCAGUGUCCGAGUUGGCAACGCUUUGGGAGCUGGAGAUGUAGAGCAAGCCAAAAGAUCAUGUAUCACAGUAUUACUUUGUGCAGGGGUCUUUGCUGUUGUGUUUGCUGCCCUUUUAGCCAGCUUGAAGGAUAUUGUUGCUUACAUCUUUACCGAUGAUGAAGACAUCGUGGCCUUGGUCUCCAAAGUGAUGAUAAUCUUCUCUCCUUUCCACCUCUUGGAUGCCAUGGCAGCAACGUGUGGUGGGGUGCUAAGAGGAGCAGGGAAGCAGAAGAUCGGUGCCAUUGCAAAUGCUGUUGGCUACUAUGCCAUCGGCUUGCCCAUUGGGAUCGCGCUCAUGUUUGGGUACAAGCUCGGUGUGAUGGGCCUGUGGUUCGGCUUGAUCGUGUGCAUCUCUUUGCAAGCGGCCUCUUUCUUGAUCUUCGUCCUGCGCAUGGACUGGAAGAAAGCUGCUGAAGAGGCUCAGGUCCGAGCUGGGCUGGUAGCCCGGUUACAGACUGGCCGUGACGACGACGAUGCAGCUAACAAGACAGUGUCCUUAGUGUACCUCACAAUGGAAGCGGAGGUUCCCAACGGCGAAGCGGUGAGCGAGGUGGCUCAUGGGAGCACGAACCAGCCACAGCAGCAGCUCAUUGAGGCCGAGGAGCCCCCACCGUGCGACGUUUCCCCGUCCAGGGACAUCCUUUCUGCGAAAGAGCUCUUCUUCCGACGGGGGCAGGCUCUGGCAGUAGCCGUGGUGAUCCUGGUAGUGGGUGUUCUGAUCCGACUAGCUGAAAAAUGGGUAGCUGCGCGGACAACUGGAAGUAGGGAAUCCUUAAACCAAAAAAGGAGGGGAUGACAGAGACGUCCGGAGCGUAAUUGGGGAGGUGUGUGAAGAGCCACGUUUUCCUUUGGAGGCGAGUGGCAGCAGCUCACGUGGUCCAAAGAGCUGUCCCUCGCCGGACUGGAUCACCACAGAAGGUUUCUUUGGCUAGAGGUGGAGAUGGGACAAUGCGUCUCGAAACGCACUUCGUCAAAAGAGUCACCAACUUUAGAAACGGUGACGCAGCGGGCCUGGAGGCAACUCGGACGUCUGCAGCUCAGGGGUGCGAGGACUUUCGCCCCUCUGGUUUCCUGGAAAUGCUUGGGCAGUUGAAAGCCCAUUGGCGGUUUCCAUUUAAAAAAAGACUUACCUUCUUCCUCAUAGCACAAAAUGCCUUUUAUUAUGUUCCCCUCUUCGGUUCCUUUUAUAUUUCAAGAUGGGGGCCUCGUUGCGUUUUUAAAACGCCAAACUUGUUUUUACCGAUUUUUGUGCCUACCGUUCAGUUUCCCUCGGCAACUUCCAAGUGGCAACUGGAAUCCUAUGUUUUGUGGGCUUGUUUAAAAAAAAAAAGAAAGAAAUCCCAUGUUUUGGUAUGAUUCGGGGGUUUUACAAAUAAAAUUGUU